AUAGUUGCGCUGCGUUGGCCACACCGAUCGCCUAUUAAUUUACGAAAUUUACCAACAAUUAACAUAAACUUUUACAUUGAUCUGUGUGUUUUCAAAAUAACAAUAUAUUUUUGUGCUGUUGUUGACUACGUCUAAGUGCCACAGUGUCUGCAGGACGAAACUCCAACCAGUUGAAUGAAGUUCUGCAAAUCAGCGUGAUAAACACCAGAAUGUUUUAAUGCUGUGUAUAUUCGAGUGCAAUGAUUCAGCAAGGCGUCACUCCCUGAAAAUCAACUCAACAAGAAUUUAGUAUUAAAGGCUACCUCAAAGUGUCACCAUGAUCGGGCCCAGUUCGCAGAUCAGCAAGAUCCUGCUUACCCUGUUGUUCCUGCUGAUCAUAUUUUACGUUUUCAUGGACGUUGAGCUUUACCUGCGCAUUCACAACUAUGCUAUCGAGCGGAAUUACCAUACGAACGAAAGCAUCUCUUCGCCUGUUUCUACCGGAGGACAGACCACUUCGGAGACCGGAACCGGGGGUAGUAGCACGAAACUUCCCACCGCCGCCGACAGGCAGCCGUCCUACGAGGACCACACCUGGAUAUCCUGUGAUAUAAAUCCGCUCUGCCAUGUCACCGUGAAGGCCAUCUUGCUGGACCACACCAACCACUACCUGUUCGCCCCGCUGGCCACCAUGUUCGACAACGUGAUCGGUUUUUCGCGCUCCGCCUUCAUCACGCCCAACAUGAUAUCGUUUUUCCACGUGGGGGUGGCCUGUCUGGCGGGCAAGCUGGUGGCAUCGGACAGUCUCGGUUACCGGCGGCUGGGCGUGCUGCUCUUCCAGAUCCGCACCUUCCUUGAUGACUUGGACGGCCAUGUGGCGCGCGUGAGGAAGCACAUACGUGGCGAGCGCUCAGAGAUUGGCACAUCCGGCUACUAUGUGGAUGGACUGUGCGACGGACUCGGAUGCAUUGCCCUACUGCUGGGUAUAUUCUUUUACCUGAAAAACAACCCGCCGCGAAGGGGCUACUCCAUUAUCCCGAUGAGCGACUCCAAGCUGCCAGAGCCUACGAUGAUGAUUUCGAAAAUGAAGGCUACCACAAGGAAGGUGGCCAAGAACGUGAUCAGCUUUACUGGACAGCUGCUACUAAGCUCUACAGCGUGGAACCGUUAUAUAGCCGUGUACCAGAACAUGCUGGAGCGGGAGGAUGUGAGCGGGAGUCAGUCUCAUUGUCAGGACUACGUCUUUAAGUCGUCGUGGUUCUUCUGCGUCGCCUGGAUGUGGCGCAUCGUCAACGUGCACGCCCUGCUUCACUGCGUCCUGCUGAGCAUCUUCUGCGAUAAGUUAUGGGACUUUUUGCGUGCAAUUCGGUACAGCGGUUACAUAAUCCUGUUAGUUGCAAUCUGUUUAACUGAAAUGCACAUUCUAGAGGCCCAAAACUACAUUUUCAACUCUACGGCGUGCAGUAAUAUUUCACUGUGAUUUUAUUAAUCUUACGAGAAAAUACAAUAAUAUUUGUGUAGUGCAAAUCAACGAUGCCUUUUUUAUUGUGUAUAGUAAUGUAUCAUAAUUGUUAGACUGCUCACGUUAAAGUCGGCACCGCCAAUCACUGAUAUUUCGAAACCAACUAAUGCAUUUUGUCAUUCAAUCGCGGUCUGCAAGAGCAACUUCAGCUGUAAAUAAUAAAUGUUAUUCAUUAAUAAA